AUUUUACAAUAGAUGCAUGACCAAAAGACAGUAUUAAUUUGUCAGACACAAUGUCAGGGCCUUCACAACUGCCAUGGGCUUUGUCCUCUCUAUCCAUCAUGUUCUUAUAAAAGUCUUUGAUCCCACAGGAACUUCAGUAGUUUCCUGGUGAGGUGGAGACUUACUCAGGCUGUUAUCCACUUGCGUCUGGAGGAAGCGCGUAGUGUUCUCUAGCUUUAAAUUUUUGAAUCUGUUUCUCAGUUUAUUUCCUCAAUAUGUCAUGGCUUAAAUUAGAACAAGGACUUUAAUUGGUAUUAUCCCAUUGUUUUCUCCAAAUCACCUGCCCUACUGUUUGCUUUGCCUUGUUUUGGCUGUUGUUUGGAGUGCUGGAUAACACAUAAAAGUCCUUGUGCAUGGUACACAAGUGCUCGACCACUGAGCUACAUGUUCAGCCUCCUGUAGUCCUUUUGAUCUUUCCCUCCUAUGCAACUUGUAAAUAGUAAUAUUAAUUCAUGGGCCAGCAAGAUGGCUCAGUAGAUAAAAGAACUUGUUGGCCAAGCCUGACAAUCUAGGUUCAAUCCCCACAGGUCUCACACACUGAAAGGAGAGAAAUGAUUCCCAAAAGUUGUUCCCCAGCCUACACACACACACACACACACACACACACACACACACACACACACACACACACACACUCUCUCUCUCUCUCUCUCUCCACAAGUUUAAUUCAAAAUAAAAAUAUUCAUUCAUAAAAUUUAUGGAGGACUUUCAAAGAAUUACUGAUCACUUUUUAGCUCAGGCUUCUCAAUAUUUAUCUUUAACUUACUUUGGGAAGGGAUUUGCAGCCAGAGUUCAGUUAAUUAAUUGCCCAGCAAUUAAUAGCAAUUGUGAUUCCAGAGCCUUGACUCUAUUCAGAACAUUAAGUCCCUUUCUGCCCCAUCCAGGUUUUACAGGGUCUGAGGUGUCUAGAAUUUUGAUAGCUCUCUCAGAAACCAAAAUUAUAACAUAUAACAAGAAUAUGAUCCUGCUCAGUGCCUUGGAAGGGGGGGCUAUUCAAGUGAGGGGCCUUCAGGGUUUAGGAUUAGUUUUAUGGAAAAAAAAUCUAUUUAUUCUUUUAUAAAGUCUUUAUAAUCUACUUUUGAUCAUACUCCCCCUUCACCAACCUCUGUUAGCCCCUCCUGCUGAAUACUUUCUUUGUAACUUUCCUGUCUAUUUUGUUUUGGUGCCUCACUGCAUUUAAUUAGUGUCGCUUCUGGUGAGCAUGGACUGGGGAAUUUUUUUUUUUUUUUUUUUUUUUGAGACAGGGUCUUACUAUUUAGCCUUGGCUGUCCUGGAACUCACUAUAUAGACCAGGCUGGCCUCAAACUCAUACAGAUCUACCUGCCUCUGUCUCCAGAGCACUGGGGACAUGAAAGGUGUACACCACCACACCUAUCUUUCUUUUUUUUUUCUUUUUUGGGUGGUGCUAGGGACCCAACCCUGGGCCUCAUGCACGUUAGACAAGUACUGUACUUCUUAACCUCUGAGCCAUCUCUCCAGCCCCAGUACUGUACUUCUUUAAGCUCCAUCCAUCGCCUUGAAAAAGCAGUUUUCAAAAGAUUAUUUUUUUAAAUUAAGAAAAAAAUAAGUGAAAUAAGAAAAGAAGGGGCUGGAGAUAAAGCUCAGGAGUGGAGGAGCACUUACCUCCAGCACUGGGGGGUGGGGGAUGAGGUGUGAAGUAAAAACUAAUUGUUUAACUGUAUUGUCAUAGCAACCCUGAGGGAGGUUAUGAGGUGGGUAUUAUCUUUCUUGUACAGAGUGGAGAAUGAGGUUUGCCUUGCCUAAGGGCAUAGUACAAGUAUCAAAGGCAGAACUCAGGGAACCUGGCUCCCAGGUUUAUACUGGGAAUGUAUCACUGUUUCCCACCACAUUCCAUAGUGCAUACCCUUAUAAAUUCACACCUGAAAUCGGGUGCAUGCCUGCAAUCCCAGUGUGGGGAGGUAGAGAGAGGCACAAAUGUAAGAGCGUCCUCAGCCACACAGGUAAGGUCUGAGGCCAGCACAGGGUGAAUGAGACCGUGCCUCAAGAAUAAAACAACAAAAAACCUCCAGAUUCUAAACCAGGUUCUUCCCAUCUCUCUAGCUCACCUUUUCAAACCAUCUCCCUGAACACUUGUCACCAGAAUGAUCCAAGUACUCCCCCCCCCCCUUUUUGUGGUGCUGAAUAUCAACCCUGGGGCCAGACUCCUGAAAACUAAAUAUGGUACCACUGAACAGCCUAGCCUUACACUAACCAUCCUAAAGCACCACUGUUUUAAGUUCCAAACACCCCAAUGAUCUGAAGAGCUUUACCCUUCUACUCUUUUAUCGGAUAUAAAAGGCAAAUUAUUGCUCAUAAGCAGUACUUGUCAGUGGACUUCAUACUGGAGCCUAACAUUUCUUACUGAGAAGGUAGGUGACAGCACACGGCACCUUCUCUUCAAUCUCUGGUUCUUCAUUCACAAGAGAAACUACAGAGUCUAUUUCAGAGUGUUAGGAAAAGUGAGUGUAGGUGAGGAGAGGCUGGAGGGCACAUGAGGAGGAGGAGGGCAGGGUUCUGGUAUGCAGUAAUCUUCAAAAAAUUUUCUUACCGGACGUGGUGGCACAGGACUUUAAUGCCAGCACUCCCGAGGCAGAGGCAGGAGGAUCUCGAGUUCGAGUCCAGCCUGCUCUACAGAUUUCCUGUGCAGCCAGAGCUACAAAGAAACACUGUCUUGAAACGCCCCCCCCCGCAAAAAAAAAAAUACUAAUUUACCUCUUCAAGGGAUUUUGCUAUUCUUGACUAAGAAUCAAAAAUGGCUCUCCUGACACAUCAGCCUCUGUAGUUUUGACUUUAAGUGCUGACCACUUCCUAGCUUGGUGACUUCUGCCAGUCAACCUCGUGAAGCCCGGGGUUCCUUAUUUACAAAAUCUUCUUAGUUAGAACCUACCUCCUAAGGUUGUGAGGGUCAUACAAGUUAAUUCUGGUGCAGUACUUAGCAUGCAACGGUCCCAACUCCACUAGCUAGACUUCCAUCCUGUCCCCAAAAUUCAGUGUCCAUAGAAACCAGGCCUGAGAGCAUGCUCCAGCUGCGCUUCCGACGUGCACUCCCUCCGCCCCAGGGCCAGAGUCUCUCGCGACCGACUCGUCCUUUUAAACUCAGCGUUCAUCAAAUGCCACAAGUCAGGCUCUGUGACGAGACCCUUGCGUAAAACUGCGCCUUAAACUUCCUAGCGCCUCCACAGUCGCGGAUUUAGCGCGAGGAAACAGGCCCGGAGCGUUCCAGCGACUUCCUCGGGUCCCCGAGCCCGGGUUCCAGGCCCGUCUUGGAGUCCACCAAGCGUCCGAGCCGCACCGCGUCCAUUCAAACGCUGCCCAGUGCCUCGACUCCGCCCGUCCAUCAUCCUCCGCACCUCGGGGCCGGCCUCGGGGCAGCCUUUCCCGUCUCCCCUGCAGAGCCUGAGGGAUACUAGAUUUGCACUGCAUUUUGGGAUUCAUCGACACUUAAAAUGCCACCUGCAAUUGGAGGACCAGUCGGAUAUACACCCCCAGAUGGAGGCUGGGGGUGGGCAGUGGUAGUUGGAGCUUUCAUUUCUAUCGGCUUCUCUUAUGCGUUUCCCAAAUCCAUCACUGUCUUCUUCAAAGAAAUUGAACUUUUAUUCACUGCUACUACCAGUGAAGUGUCAUGGAUAUCAUCCAUCAUGCUGGCUGUCAUGUAUGCUGGAGGUCCUAUCAGCAGUGUCCUGGUAAAUAAAUAUGGCAGCCGUCCGGUAAUGAUUGCUGGUGGCUGCUUGUCUGGUUGUGGCUUGAUUGCAGCAUCUUUCUGUAACACAGUGAAGGAACUUUACUUUUGCAUUGGCGUCGUUGGAGGUCUUGGGCUUGCUUUCAACUUGAACCCAGCUCUGACCAUGAUUGGCAAGUAUUUCUACAAGAAGCGACCAUUGGCCAAUGGGCUGGCCAUGGCAGGCAGCCCUGUGUUCCUCUGUACCCUGGCUCCACUUAAUCAGGCUUUCUUUGGUAUUUUUGGCUUGAAAGGAAGCUUCCUAAUUCUUGGGGGCCUCCUGCUAAACUGUUGUGUAGCUGGAUCCCUGAUGCGACCAAUAGGGCCUAAACCAGGCAAGGUAGAAAAACUGAAGUCCAAAGAGUCUCUUGAGGAAGCUGGAAAAUCUGAUGCCAACACAGAUCUCAUUGGAGGAAGCCCCAAAGGAGAAAAGUCGUCAGCCUUGCAAACAAUUAAUAAGUUCCUGGACCUGUCCCUGUUUGCCCACAGAGGCUUUUUGCUGUACCUGUCUGGAAAUGUGGUCAUGUUUUUUGGACUCUUUACCCCUUUGGUCUUUCUUAGUAAUUAUGGUAAGAGUCAGCAUUAUUCCAGUGAGAAGUCAGCCUUCCUCCUUUCCAUUCUGGCUUUUGUCGAUAUGGUAGCCAGACCUUCCAUGGGACUUGUAGCCAACACUAAGUGGAUCAGACCUCGGGUCCAGUACUUCUUUGCUGCUUCUGUUGUUGCAAAUGGAGUGUGCCAUUUGCUAGCACCUUUGUCUACGAGCUAUGUUGGGUUCUGUAUCUACGCGGGAGUCUUUGGAUUUGCCUUUGGUUGGCUCAGCUCCGUAUUAUUUGAAACACUGAUGGACCUCGUUGGACCCCAGAGGUUCUCCAGUGCUGUGGGCUUGGUGACCAUUGUGGAAUGCUGUCCCGUCCUCCUAGGACCACCACUUUUAGGCCGCCUCAAUGACAUGUAUGGAGACUACAAGUAUACGUACUGGGCCUGUGGCGUGAUCCUCAUCAUCGCGGGCAUCUAUCUCUUCAUUGGCAUGGGCAUCAAUUACCGACUUUUGGCCAAAGAACAGAAAGCCGAGGAGAAGCAGAAAAGGGAAGCUAAGGAGGAGGAGGCCAGCACAGAUGGCGGCGAGAAGCCCAAGGAAGUAACCAAAGCAGCACAGUCCCCGCAGCAGAACAGCGCCGGAGACCCCGCAGAGGAGGAGAGUCCCGUCUGAACGGAGCAGGAGCAGAGCAGUGUGUGACCCGAGACGACAUCCGAAACCAUUCUGCUGGCCUCUCGUCUUCCAGUGGUGCUCAAUGCAGACAGUGGACAUUUGUGUGGAAACCUACCAGGUGUUCAUUGGUGGAUUUUUUUGUUUUUGUUUUUGUUUUUUUGUUCACUCCUUACCAAUGCCGGAAUUCAAAAUUUACUAUGCUUUAGGGAGGGAGUGGUUGGCAAAGGAUAUGGGAAAGAACUAGGGAUUUUGUUUUGUUUUGUUUUAAUCUUAGCUUUUAACAGUCUCAUGAAGAUUAUAAUAUGUGCCUUAAGUUUUAGUUUUAGAACUCUUUAGAGAGCCUUAACUUUUAAAACCAUUCUGCUGAAUUCAUCUAUUUUAAAAGGAAGAAUAACAACUAACUUGCUUGAGGUAACUCUAACCUUAAUCUGGUUUUGUUGUUGUUUGUAAUGCUUUGUCGGAAAUUGUUACCGGAACAUUUAUGGAUAGAAAUAUUAGUUAAAAGUUGGAGAUUUAUAAAAUACUGAUGAAAGUAUUUUUCUAGCAUCAUAGUUGCCUGGUGUAGGUGCCUGCUAGGUAUAUAUUUAAGAAAUUUAAAGCAUGAAAUUCUGGAAACAUCUUGGCUGUUGUAGCCACAGUCUGUCUGUCACCUGCUGGGUGCCUCCUCUCAGAUGCUUCCUGCAAGCCUAGAGCUAGAAUGUUAUCACUAGAUUGCUACCUUUGCUCCAGUUCAGAGACAUUGAGUGGUUAGAAGUCAUUGCCAUUUUUGAAAUCUACUGCAAAAAUGUUAGUAUUAAAAUCUACAAAACAUUAUUCAAUACAGUCUGAUUUAAUAUAGACAAGUAUUUCAGGCAUCAGCUGAAUUCAGCUUGGGUUUUCCAAGACCCUAGUUAUGGUAUGAAACUCUUGUAAUCUUUGAGUUGUGUGGGUUUGGGGGGGCUUGGUGGUUCUGAGGAUUGAACCCAGGGCCACAAGCAUGCUAAGCACAUGCUGUACCUCUGAGCCACAUCCCACCAGCACCCCGGAAUCCUCCUUAACCCCCAAGACCUUUUCUCUUUGAUUUUUGAUAGUUCCAUUUAUAUUCUAGUUUAGAGCUGUAUGUGAGAGACUCAGUACAGGACUGAAUGUGUGUGCUAUUUUUGUUUUUUACAUUGUUUUUCAGUAUUUGCAAAACCAAGAGGGUCAGAGUUUGGCCCCAGGGAAGCCAAUAAAAGAUAAAAUAGGGAGGGAGUUUGCUGAGUUCACUUGGUUUCAGUAAGUACCCACCUCCCUGCCACAUGCACCAAGGCUUAAAGAGAAACUUCUAUCAUGCUUAGAAUUAUUGGACAGUCUUGGCUCCACAAACCUUAGCUUUUGUGACCCUUUUCACUUACCUGAAAUGGAGAAAAUGGGUUCAGUGUAAGGACAGGAGGAAGGAUGGACCAGAUUGGAAUUGUAGUAUUUUUUUUAACCCAAUGUCUUCUAAAUAGAGGCCAAAAAGAUAUAUGACACUGAAUUGUACUCAAUGCAUUUAAAAUACCAUGGUAAUUGACAGGGUGAAAAUAUAGAUUUGAAACCUGUGUAAGAAGAAGCUGACUUUUUCCAAAUAAAACAUGUAUUUUAUUUUUAGAAAACAGGCCUUCACAUGUUUAUUUGAGAGACGUAUUGUGUCUUCAUUUUUAUUUUCAUUUUGACCUUUACUAAUACUGGGCCAUCUGGUUUAUAUGCCUUGAGACUCGUGCACAUGGUUUACCGUAUGUUUUCGCCUUCAUUUGACACAAGCAGGAAUGGAUUGAAAACAACCCGCGUCUUGAAUUGCUCUCACCUGAUGCAGUUAGCCUUAGGACGCAGUGGAAAACGGCCUUGCAAUAGCGUGGUGGCCGGAUUUUAGAGAGGAAACCUGCAGAGUUUAGGCUGUUGAUGGCAGAAUUCGAAGCCACAUGUAAAGGAUUCCCAUCUCAGAUUCGGAAGCUGCAUUUGCCGGGCAGGUUUGCCGCCUGUGCUGAGGGUUAAAACCCACGUUUCAUGAUGCAUGUUCACUGUCACUCUUCAGAAGGAGGGGUUCUGAGUUUAUAGUCAGAAGCCAAAGCUGCCAUAAAACUGGAACUUGAAACUAACUAAACUUUUUUUGCUAACUGCUCAGUUGUUCUUUCUGUCACUGGGUUCUAACAUAAGAUCGAUGUUAGUAAAGGCUGUGUGUAAAGGCUGGGUGGCACUUAGCACAGACAGCCCUUCUCUGUCCCUUUCUCACUCCCAGUGCAUUUAUUAGUUUAUCAGCUGUGCUGUGAAUGAGUCCUGGAGGCAGUGGGCUCUCUGAUCCUUGUCCAUUACUCCUUUUGAUACUGAUUUCAUUUGACGUUUUAUUUCAGUUCACAUAGUUAUAUUAGCUGCUCAAUAAGAGAUGUGAGUACAGACAUGAACCGUCACGUACAGUAGAGUGGGAAAAUUGUUUAAGAAACUGAUAGGCUGGACAAUUUUCAAAUUAUUAUACUGUAAACCACAUUGCUCAGGAUCACAUUCAGACCAAGUCUGUUGGAAAUUGAGAAUAUCUUCACCAGCUGAAAUGAAUACUUUGCACAAAAUUAUGGGUUUUUUAGUUUAUAAUUAAAUAAUUUCUCCCCUUUCCUCCUCUAACCCCUCCAUGUACAUCCUUCCUUGUCACUCACAUUCACAGCCUCUUUAUAAUUGUUCUGUGUGUGUGUGUGCAAUGCGCACCUAAAUACAAAAUACAAACUGCUCAGCCCUUG